GUUUUGUCGAUGAAAUGACGCAUCCUUGAGCGCUAGUAAAAGACGAAAAAAUUUCAGUCUGGCAUCAAAAAGCGAUUUUGAAGCAAUUGUGAGGUGUUUUCAGCCGAUCAAGUGACGAAAAAAUUAAGUGGUGAAGAGAGCGCAGACUCUUGGCGUAGCAGACACCAGGAUGAGUUUCUUCGGCAAAUUAUUCUCGGGGAAAAAGGGCGAACCUGCCCCAACACCCAGCGAGGCAAUCCAAAAAUUGCGUGACAUCGAAAAUAUGCUCACCAAGAAGCAAGAAUUUCUGGAAAAGAAAAUAGAUGUGGAGCUGGAUACUGCCCGAAAAAAUGGAACCAAAAAUAAGCGAGCUGCUAUCCAGGCACUCAAACGGAAGAAGCGGUAUGAGAAACAGCUGACACAGAUUGAUGGUACCUUGUCUACAAUUGAAAUGCAGAGGGAAGCGUUGGAGAAUGCUAACACAAAUACAGCAGUGCUUACCACGAUGAAAAAAGCCGCGGAUGCUCUUAAGGCGGCACACAAGGAUAUGAACAUUGAUGACGUUCAUGAGAUGAUGGAUGACAUCGCCGAGCAGCAUGACAUCGCUAACGAGAUUUCGAACGCCGUCUCGACUGCCGUUGGCUUUGGUCAGGACAUCGACGAGGACGAGCUGGAGAAAGAGUUGGAAGAAUUGGAACAGGAAGAGCUGGACAAGGAACUGCUUGGAGUGCAGCCGGAAACCGAUCAGCUGCCGGAUGUGCCAUCCACAGAUCUGCCAGCCAAGGCAAAGGAAAAGAAAAAAGCUGUGGAGGAGGACGACGAUCCGGAUAUGAAAGAACUGAUGUCCUGGGCAAACUAGGAUAUUGUAUUAUACUCUAUUUCCCAAAAAUACGCGUGACAGGUUAGCAAUUCCACAUAAUAUUUUUUUUCUGAACAAGAUCUGCUAAUCGGUAACACCAGAGAACGGAGUCAAAAAUAAUAUUAUGCUGCGUUCAUUGAAAAAUUGUACACUGUUAUAUACAUUACAGCUUUAUUUUGAUUCCCUUUUUCCGUUCGUUUAUUAGUGUAAUAGUGCAGAGCAAUGAUUCGAAUAAUUAUUGGUUAUUUCCUGUACUUUUCGCUUCUUUUUGAACCGGUAUAUUGAAGUAGACACAAUCGUAGUAUAAGUCAAAAUUUUACGACGGAUCAAGAGAUCACAGCUGUGGUUUUCUGCGUUCGCUGAACUUGUAAUAAGUUUUGUGGUUGAAUGCCAGAGGAAAGGUGUAACAUCGUGCUAUGUUUUGAUUUUUUGUUUAUCAAAGAAAAAUUGCUCGAGAAACCAA